UAAAAAAAAAAGUUAAGGUUAAUAUUAUGAGGACGUUUAACCUAAAAACCCUCUCGUUCUUUGUUCUCAUUGCGUUUUUUAUCUCGUUUUCGAGUUUUCUCGAACCGUGUUAUGCUCGAAAAGGAGGCAAUAAGCAGCACUGGAGGAAGAAACAAAAGGGUUAUGGUGGUGAUCAUCGCCGCUCUGCGAGGGAAGACAGUUACAUCACACCGGAAGAAACUGCGGUGACACUUGGAGAAAACAGCGGCGGGGUUUCGAACGUGUUUAAUGUGUUGGACUAUGGUGCUAAAGGUGAUGGAAAAGCCGAUGACACCAAGGCAUUCGAGGCGGCGUGGGCAGCAGCUUGCAAAGUGCAGGCAUCAACUAUGAGUGUUCCAUCCGGGUCUGUGUUCCUUGUCAAACCAAUCUCUUUCUCCGGCCCUAAUUGCGAAGCAAAUAUCGUGUUUCAGUUAGAUGGUAAAAUCAUAGCUCCAACAAGCUCAGGGGAUUGGGGUUCAGGUCUUUUACAAUGGAUUGAAUUCACAAAACUAAAAGGGAUUUCGAUCAAAGGCAGCGGCGUAAUUGAUGGACAAGGCUCGGUUUGGUGGAAUGACUCGCCGAAAUACAAUCCUGCAAAAGAAUCAACGUAUAGCAGUCUCGACGAUUUGCAGGCCACAGAAAGUAACAGUGGGGAAAUGCCAAGCACCAAACCAACAGCUCUUAGGUUCUAUGGAAGCGAUGGCGUUAGUGUCACUGGCAUAACACUCCAAAACAGCCCUCAGGCGCACCUCAAGUUCGACGACUGCACAAAUGUCCAGGUUUCCGAUAUAAGUAUUUCAUCCCCUGGAAACAGCCCCAAUACGGAUGGAAUCCACCUCCAAAACUCCCAAAAUGCUGUCAUUUCCGCCACCAGUAUCGCUUGUGGAGAUGACUGUAUAUCAAUACAAACAGGAUGCUCGAACGUAAACAUACACAACGUAAAUUGUGGACCAGGUCAUGGAGUCAGCAUUGGAGGGCUCGGGAAGGACAACACGAAAGCUUGUGUUUCGAACGUCACUGUCCGAGACGUUCAAAUGCACAACACACUCACUGGAGUCAGAAUAAAGACAUGGCAGGGAGGAUCGGGGUCGGUCCAAAACAUAAUGUUCUCAAACAUCCAACUAACAGAAGUUGAAACCCCAAUCAUGAUUGACCAGUUCUACUGCGACAAGAGUAAAUGCCAAAAUCAGAGCUCCGCUGUGGCGGUUUCGGGUGUGAAUUACGUAAACAUACAAGGAACCUACACGUCCAAGCCCGUGCAUUUCGCAUGCAGUGACAGCUCUCCGUGCACCGGUGUGUCUCUGGAUACCAUAGAGUUGAAAUCAGUUGAUGAAGGGAAGCAGUUGUACGACCCUUUCUGUUGGGAGGCGUACGGAGUGCUCAAAACAAGCACAGUUCCUCAAAUCGACUGCUUGAAGAAGGGGAAGCCGAGCACAAUAACUCAAUCCGGAAGUAGUGAUUCGUCUUGCUGAGCUGAGCUUAGCUUAGCUUAGGGAGUUGAUAGAUUAGUAUCGACGCGUUAUUACCUCAGAGCUUGCAGGUCAAGUCUCUGAAGCCUUUCUUCUCGACCCUAUACCGCCAUGGAACAACGACGUUUGUAGUUAGAACGGCGUUUUCAUGAAUGUGUUGUGUGUUGCUUUCCCUGCUACAGGUUAAGUUUUUGUUAUAUGAAUUAUAUUUGGCCUGCUGAA